GCCGCCGCCGCCCCGGAAAACUUCAAGCCUUAGAGCUGCAGUAUGGCCACCGCUGCCCUGCCCGACUCAUUUGGAAAUGGCCUUGCCUGCUCUUGUCUAGGUGGAAUGGUGCACGCGUGAUUUUGCUGAAUAUAACGGCCCUCUGCUGUCUCCAGGACACCAUGAAUGCCAUCGUUGCUCUCUGUCACUUCUGUGAGCUCCACGGCCCCCGCACUCUCUUUUGCACAGAAGUUCUGCACGCCCCGCUUCCGCAAGGGGCUGGGAAUGGGGACAGCCCUGGCCAGGGCGAACAGGCCGAGGAGGAGGAAGGUGGCAUUCAGAUGAGCAGUCGGAUCCGCGCUCACAGUCCAGCUGAAGGGGCCAGUGCAGAGUCCAGCAGCCCGGGGCCCAAAAAGUCAGACAUGUGCGAGGGCUGCCGGUCCCUUGCUGCAGGGCAUCCCGGGUAUAUCAGCCAUGAUAAAGAGACCUCGAUUAAAUACGUCAGUCACCAGCACCCCAACCACCCCCAGCUCUUCAGCAUUGUCCGCCAGGCCUGUGUGCGGAGUCUGAGCUGUGAGGUCUGCCCUGGUCGUGAAGGCCCUAUCUUCUUUGGGGAUGAGCAGCACGGUUUUGUGUUCAGCCACACUUUCUUCAUCAAAGACAGCCUGGCCAGGGGCUUCCAGCGCUGGUACAGCAUCAUUGCCAUCAUGAUGGACCGAAUUUAUCUCAUCAACUCCUGGCCCUUCCUGCUUGGGAAGAUUCGAGGGAUCAUUGAUGAACUUCAGGGCAAGGCACUCAAGGUAUUUGAGGCAGAGCAAUUUGGUUGCCCACAGCGUGCCCAGAGAAUGAACACGGCCUUCACACCAUUCCUGCACCAACGCAAUGGGAACGCAGCUCGUUCACUGACCUCCUUGACAAGCGAUGACAACUUGUGGGCAUGCCUUCAUACCUCCUUUGCUUGGCUCCUGAAAGCAUGUGGCAGCCGGCUGACUGAGAAACUCCUAGAGGGUGCACCCACAGAGGACACAUUGGUCCAGAUGGAGAAGCUCGCGGACCUGGAAGAGGAAUCAGAAAGCUGGGACAACUCUGAGGCUGAAGAGGAGGAGAAAGCCCCCGUCUUGCCAGAGGGUGCAGAAGGGCAGGAGCUGACCAAGUGCCCGACGGAUUCUUCCUUGCUCUCAGACUGUGGAAACUGGCAGCCCCGAAAGUUGUCUGUCUUUAAGUCCCUUCGGCACAUGAGGCAGGUCCUGGGUGCCCCAUCUUUUCGUAUGUUGGCCUGGCAUGUUCUCAUGGGCAACCAAGUGAUUUGGAAAAGUAGAGAUGCAGACCUUGUCCAUUCAGCUUUUGAAGUUCUUCGGACUAUGCUGCCAGUGGGCUGUGUACGCAUCAUCCCUUACAGCAACCAGUACGAGGAGGCCUACCGGUGCAACUUCCUGGGGCUCAGCCCGCACGUGCAGAUCCCAUCCCACGUGCUGUCCUCAGAAUUUGCUGUCAUUGUGGAGGCCCAUACAGCCCCCCGCCCCAGCCUCCACCCAGCCGGAUGCGAGGAUGACCAGUCUCUGAGCAAGUACGAAUUUGUUGUGACCAGCGGAAGCCCUGUAGCUGCGGACCGAGUUGGCCCCACCAUCCUGAAUAAGAUGGAAGCGGCUUUGACCAACCAGAAUCUGUCCGUGGGUGUGGUGGACCAGUGCCUCGUCUGCCUCAAGGAAGAGUGGAUGAACAAAGUGAAGGUCCUUUUCAAAUUCACCAAAGUGGACAGUCGACCCAAAGAGGACACACAGAAGCUCCUGAGUAUCCUUGGAGCAUCUGAGGAGGACAAUGUCAAACUCCUCAAGUUCUGGAUGACGGGCCUGAGCAAAACCUACAAGUCACACCUCAUGUCCACAGUGCGCAGCCCCACAGCCUCAGAGCCUCGUAAUUGACCCUGCCACAGGAAUCUGACCCCAUGUUUGCCUUCUGAGGAGUGUGGUGAUUGCCAUCUUCACCACUGAGCUCAGUCUCUGAUGGCAGUCAUAGAUUGCUUGUGUUUCUGAACUGCCAGCAUGGAGCUGUGUCCUAGCAAGGAAUGGAAACUUGGGGCUGAACUUUGCCCUCUGUGUGGGAUCCCGACUUGGUGUAGUUUUCGGCACCAUUCCAAAAGCUGUUUGAAUUGCUCUGGCCCUGAAUGAGGGCAGUGGGAGACUUGGGACAGUGGGUCCCCUGUGUUUGUGUACCCCUGUGAGAGAAGACUAAGAACAUGCAUCUUAUGCCUCUCAAGGAUUUAGAUCUCAAAAUUCAUAAGGAAGGUAUGUCAGGCCAGUCCCAACUUGGGUAUUUUGGCCUCAGUAACAGAUCUCUCAAGGUUAAUGUUUGAACCUUUCCAUUCUGAAAUUCAAGACUUUUCCAAGUUUUAUAUAUGAUUGCGUGUAUGUUUUGCUACAGUUUUGAGUUUUUAGGACAUGUGUGAUCCAUAGUCAUUGUUAGUAAUCUGGUUUUGAGCUCUGGAAAUGGCUUUUGGCAUGGGACGGAUGUUUUCUCAUCUUUAAGCCUUCUGGGAUUCAUGUUCUGGAACCCUGUGACUACAAAGUCUUCUAGCCAUGCUCUCCUUUGGUGGUUUUGACAUUUCCCUAUAGCUCGAGGACAGGCCCCUGACCGUUUUUUACACAAAGAUGAUACUUUGCUGAAAUGUCAGAUGGAACCAUUUGACUUGCCUAAUCUACUAGAUGUGGCAUUGAGAAACCUACCAUAGUUUUAUUCCAUAUUACUUUGCCCUUUAUUGCUUCUUAAACAUUUAGAUUUGGCUACAGGUAACAAUUUUCAGAGUAUGGUGAUUUAAGAUAGUUUCAUCAUCCCAGUGUGCACUUUUAAUAAGGAUUUUAUUAUUUGGAUGGCUUGGAUUUUCCAGCAAUUUUGCUGAUUUUGUUUAUAGUUUUUUGUGUUUGCUUAAUUUAUAUUUAACAUGGAGACUAAGUUUGUAUGAGUAGGUAUCUAUCAUGCAAGAACUUGAAACAUAAUAAAGAUAUAUUUU